AAACCUUUGAUCCCUCUCCGGUCAUUGAGAUGUUUAUUAAUUUUGAAAGAACUAUUGUCCAGAGUGAAUGUAAAAAAUCUUUGUGUGAGGCUCAAGUCCUCAUUAGCAAACUGGGCACAUUACAAUUGCCUCAAAGGAAUGUAUUAGCCAUGUAUAAAUUGUAUUUGCAUGGUUGAUACUGUCUCUCAGUGUGGGAAGAAAGAAGCAAAGCGUGAAACCUAAGAUGACUCCUCCCCUUUAUAUCCUCAUUAGAUUCCCUUAGCCUAGAAUGCUGACUGUUUAAAGCAGAUGGUCCUCACUGCAGAACACAAGAUCCAGGGGGCGUGGUUAGAUCCAGAUCCAACUCCUCCCACCUUACAUACUGUAUACCUAAACCUACCCGAUUCCACCCCUAAACCUACCAGUCUCUAGCCCCUAAAGAUGUGGGUACUGAUUUAAAUCCCUGCAGCAUUCUGACUUGUACAGCUUUCAAAAAUGGCUGUACGUUUGUUUGAGGAUAAAGAACACGCAAACUCAUACUGGAAGUACAGAAUUUCUCCUUCUGAAGAGCUCAUCGACAAGGUUCUACAGUUCCACAGGAGUAAUAAAAAUUCAGCCAAUGACCUGGCAGUAGAUGUUGGCUGUGGGUCAGGGCAGGGAACGUUGCUCCUAGCACCACAUUUUACUCGUGUGGUCGGGAUAGACAUCAGUCCUGCUCAGCUGGAGAUGGGGAGGAAACAUGUAAACGUUUCAAACAUCUCUUACAGGGAGAGUCCAGCUGAAGAACUGCCUUUUAAAGAUGGAUCUGUCGAUCUUGUGACCACCAUGUCUGCAUUCCAUUGGUUUGACCAUUCACGUUUUCUUCAGGAGGCUCACAGAGUGCUUAAGCCUCAUGGGUGCCUUGCAGUUCUCAACUACACCAUGGACAUGGAGCUGAGCUAUGGAGACUGCUCAGAGACUUUAAACCACAUCUGUAAAGAGUUUUAUGCAGCCCUGCAUCCUUUCCGGAGCCCUUGCCUAGGUUCUUGCCCCUUUGAACUUUACAAGAAAACAUACGACUCUCUCCAGUAUCCAGUCAAAAAAAGGCAGGACAUUUUUUGGGUGAGGAAGCCCGUCCCUGUCUCUGGCUACAUCGGCAUGGUGGAGACUUUCUCCACUUACCAGACACUCUUAAAAAAAGAUCCAGAAGAGGCCAGACGACUCUCACAGGACACUGAACAAAGACUGUUGCGUGCAAUGGGUGUGACAUCCUCGGAGACAGAAGUUAUCGUGGGAAUUAAAUACUUCUACUUUCUAGCCUGCAAGCCUGCAAAUGAUUGAGCCAAACAUUGUCCCAUCCUAACUAACCAUACAUCAAUGGAAAGCUUAUGAUGUAUAAAUCGCAAUUUAAAAAAAAAAAAAAAAUGGACCCUUUUGACUGGUUUUGUGGUCCAUGGUCACACAUUCGAGAAUGAUCGACUGUGUUGCUAAUUUCCAUAGCCACCAAGUUUCAUAACAUCAAAUACAAAUUUCCAGACAAAUUAGGUUAAUCAUUUUUCAAAAUAAAAAUGGAAAAAAAAAAAAU